CUCUCUGCUCCCCUUCGAGCGAUCGAUCCGGGCGGUGACGAAGUGGAGGAGAGCAGAAGGGAUUCUGGCGGUCAGCGCAGCCGUCGCCCUCGUUGACAUCGGCCGAAACCUCCUCGGUUCUGCCAUCAAAGCCCACGUACAGAGCAGAAGGAAGAAGCAACAACGACAAAGCCGUGAGUAGAAGAAAGCAGCGAGUCCCAGGAGGAGCUAAGGACACCAUUGAGAUGCUAUCAGAUUACGCGAGAUGAGAACCAGCAAUACACUCGUUCAAUGAAAGCAAAACCAGAAACAGUUUUUCAAGGGCAUAUAUUUAUAUCCUGCAGUCAAACAUUAAGCUAUAGCUGAAUGCCCCUCGGUCCAUGACACCUAAGAGUAUUACAGCAUGAUGUGAAUUUUGGUCAAAAAAUUAGUCAAUUGGAUGUCUCUUUUCUAUUUUUUGGGGUGAACGGUAAAGUCAUAGACUGUGACUGAUUUAGUUGGUAGAAUAUCGCUUGAUGAGAGACCAGGCUGUGGAUGACAUUGCCUUUGUUUCAGACUGAAAACAAAGUGGAAUUAAUGCUCCUGGAUAUGUGCAUGUGGAUCACACUGAUGGCAGAUAAAGUUUCGAGUGGCUGUUGUGUAGCCAAAUGUCUGAACAUGUGCAGCACAAGGGAGAUCAGGAUGCUGAAAUAUUGCUCCAGGUUUCUGGUAAACAAGUGGAGCACAAACAUGCCCUGGGGAUCUGGCUAAAGACUAAGUCAUGGCUAGAGGAUCUGAUUCCAGUGACUUCAAGCAUUUUCCACAUGGGACAAAGAAAGGAAAACUUGUAUCUAAGAAAGAAAUCAAAUGAAACUCCAGCUUCCAUGCAUGAGUUGCUUGCAGAUGAAGAGCUUGAACCUGAGCUAGGACUGACGGGAAAACAGGUAUUAUUACCAGAUUGCUUGUUGAAAACUAUAGAAAUCAAAUCAUCAGAGAAGGCAGGCAUCUUAACCAUCCAAGUAUCUCACCGGAGCUUGACCAUUUGAACAAACUUCAAAGUCCCAUGCCACCAGGUUAUGCUCUGUUAUAAAAAAGAAUUAUACUCUUUGUCUAUUAUGUUAUGUCAUUUGAAGCAAUUA